GAGAUGGAUUCGCCGUACAAAGCAGAUAUACUGAAAGGGAAGGUGGCUCUGUUGACCGGAGGUGGUUCUGGAAUUGGGUUUGAGAUCGCCAAGCAAUUCGGAAAUCAUGGAGCUUCCAUUGCCAUCAUGGGUCGCCGCCAACAAGUUCUCGACUCCGCCGUCUCUGUUCUCCAAUCUCUUGGAAUUCAGGCCGUGGGCUUUGUGGGAGAUGUUCGCAAAAAGGAUGAUGCAAAUAGAACUGUGGAAUCAACAUUUCAACAUUUUGGCAGGUUAGACAUUCUUGUUAAUGGUGCAGCAGGAAAUUUCCUUGUUUCGUCUGAAGAUCUGUCUCCAAAUGGGUUCAAAACAGUAAUGGAUAUUGAUUCAGUUGGUACAUUCACAAUGUGCCAUGAGGCAUUGAAAUAUCUGAAGAAAGAUGGAUUGGGAAAGAAGUCAUCUGAGGGUGGUGGAAUCAUAUUGAAUAUCAGUGCUACUUUGCACUAUACAGCUUCUUGGUAUCAAAUCCAUGUCUCUGCAGCCAAGGCUGCUGUCGAUGCCAUAACCAGAAACUUGGCCCUAGAGUGGGCAACCGACUACGAUAUCAAAGUUAAUGGAAUUGCCCCGGGUCCUAUAGGAAAUACGACUGGAAUGAGUAAUCUUGUUCCCAAGCAGAUCGAUAUCGGUGCGAUGGAUCUUAUUAUGCCUUUAUUUAAACUUGGGGAGAAAUGGGACAUAGCCAUGGCUGCACUUUAUCUUGCGUCAAAUGCGGGAAAAUAUGUGAAUGGAACCACACUUGUGGUUGAUGGAGGACUUUGGCUGAGCCGACCUCGCUACUUGCCAAAAGAUGUGGUCAAACAGUUUUCAACCGGACUUCCAAAUAGCAAACUCUAA